AUGGCAGGGGGAAGAGGUUCUGGUAAUGGUGGAAACGAUUUGAAUGAAGUAGUAAGGCAAUUGGCAGCAGUUGCCCAACAAUUGGCAAGAAACUCAACUAGUAAUGGGGAUGCUCAAGGAGAGCUCUUUAAGAAGGUGGCACAAAGUAAGCCACCAACAUAUCAAAGCGAGCCUGACCCUAUUAUAUUGGAAAACUUGUUGAGGGAAUUUGAGAAACUAUUUGGAGCUGUGGGAUGCCCUGAAAACUCAAAAGUGAGUUGUGCUACUUACUAUCCGAGGGGUGAAGCUGACCUUUGGUGGCAACAAAACGAGACUACCGUUAGAGCGCUACCUGGGUUCAACUGGACCAAAUUCCAAGAGAAAGUAAGAGACAAGUUUUAUCCUAGCUUUUUGCGGAAGCAGAAAGCUGAGGAAUUCUCAAACCUUAAGAUGGAGAAGAUGUCAGUUACGGAAUACUAUACCAAGUUUAUUCAGUUGUCCCUUUUUGCUGAAGGGUCUGUCUCUACGGAAAAAGCAAAAGCUAGGAUGUUUGAUAGUGGCUUAACUACUAAUUUGCAGUUAAAGCUGUGCGGGCAAGUAUUUGAGAUCCUAGAUGAAGUAUAUGGAAGGGUCGCACACCUUUAUGCCUUAGAAGAAAAGAAGAAGAAGGAGUUAGCUGAAAUAGAACGAAGAGAGAAGAGGAAGGAAGUGGGGCAGGUUUCUGGAAACCAACAGGGAAACCAGAAUGGUUUUAAGAAGCAGAAGUACCACUAUAACAAUAACUUUCACAAUAAUAAUAACUUCCAGGGUAAUAACCGUCAAGGAAACUUAUUGUUUGAUUCUGGUGCAACUUUUUCUUUUGUUUCUAAGGGUAUUGUUUCAAAACUUAAAGACUGUUUAAAGACAGUAGAAGUAGUAGAUUUACCCAUAACCACUCCGACAGGUGGGGUAGUGAAAUGUACCAAAACCUUUAGAAAUGUUCCUUUAGAAAUAGUAGGAAAGAUAUUCCCGUCAAAACCUAUUGAGUUUGGGCUGAGCGACUUUGAUCUUAUUCUAGGAAUGGACUGGUUGAGUAAGUAUAAUGCUGAGAUUAGUUGUAGAUCACAAAAAGUGAAGAUGGUCACAAGCGGAAAUGAAUCAGUGACUUAA